UCUCCCACUACACACACUGGACCUAAACAGGCCCCUCUCAGCUGCCGCACUGCUCCCAUCUUGUCCCACCGAGAACCAAGGAGAAAAUGCCGCGUCAUCUGCUGCAGGAGUCCGUCGACCGCCUGGCCGCGAUGGCCGAGCCACCAGCGUCGGCGGCCGGCGGUGCUGGGGGGAUGCACAGGGACACGUUCCUCAUCAUGGCGGCGAUGCUCUGCUUCCUCCUCUGCGUCGUCGGGCUGGCUCUCGUCGCGCGGUGGUCCAGGCUUUGCAACCCCUCCGCCUUCUCCGUCGACGCGCCGGGGGCAAUGCCGCCGUGCAAGGGGAUCAAGAAGAAGGCGCUGCAGUCGCUGCCCACCGUGUCGUGGAGGCCUGAACAGAGGAAUAAGGACGAGGAGGAUGGCGAGGUGCCGGAGUGCGCCAUCUGCCUGGCCGAGUUUGCGCAUGGCGACGAGGUGCGCGUGCUCCCGACGUGCGGCCACGGCUUCCACGCCGCCUGCGUCGACGUCUGGCUCCUCUCCAGCUCCACCUGCCCCUCCUGCCGCCGCGCCCUCGUCGUCGCAGUGCAGCCAGCCACCGAUCCUCCGACGACGACCACGUGCUGUGAGCGGCCCGAUGUCCACGCGCAGGGCUCGGCCACCGGCGCCGGCGCAGGCGCAGGCCGUUGCCGGCCGUCGGCACAGUAG